AACAGCUCUCAGCAGAGUUUGCCCCUGGCAAUCCCAGCCUGAGCCCAUCCUGGUGCCAGCCGCGGUCCCAACACGCUGUUCCCUGGGCAAACUGCAGGGUAGGGAUGGGGGCACGGACACAGGGCACGGGCACGGGGCUCUGAGCACGGCCCCCAGCGUGUCCCCCCUCAGCGGCCGAUUUUAACGCGCCGAGUUUCCCUCCCAAGGCAGCAGACGACCCAGCUGAUGAUGGCUUCCGAGCACCAAAUGCCAGCCUCCAAGCAGCAGCAAGCCAGCUCCAAGAUUGCCAUCUUCGAGCAGGAGAACUUCCAGGGCCGCUGCCAUGAGCUCAGCGGGGCCUGCCCCAACCUGAAGGAAGCCGGCGUGGACAAAGUGGGCUCCAUCCUGGUGCACUCCGGACCCUGGGUGGGCUACGAGCAGGCAAGCUGCAAAGGGGAGCAGUUUGUGUUUGAGAAGGGGGAGUACCCCCGCUGGGACUCCUGGACCAACAGCCGGAGAAGCGACAGCAUCACUUCCCUGAGACCCAUCAAAGUGGUGAGAGCACCCAGACAGCCACUACCCACCCGCCAGACCAAGGACAGCCAGGAGCACAAGAUCGUGCUGUACGAAAACCCCAGCUUCACCGGCAAGAAGAUCGAAAUCAUAGACGACGAUGUGCCCAGCUUCCACGCACACGGCUACCAGGAGAAGGUCUCAUCCGUGCGGGUGCAGAGCGGCACGUGGGUGGGAUACCAGUACCCUGGCUACCGGGGCUACCAGUACCUGUUUGAAAAGGGGGACUACAAGGACAGCUCAGACUUCGGCGCUCAGCACCCCCAGAUCCAGUCGGUCAGGCGCAUCCGGGACAUGCAGUGGCACCAGCGCGGUGCCUACCACCCCACCAACUAGAGCCCCCGGCCCGUGCCGGGGCGCGGGGAGCGGAGCAAGCGUUCCCCCGGCCGCCGCUGUGCCC